AUGGGCUUCAUAAAACAAGUAACGAACUGGACGAAUGACGAAUGGCACGAUUAUUUGUCGGUGAACCCGACAAGAGACGAAGUAACGCAUUACAGGGUAGAUCCCAAUGACGAAUCAGAUGGCUCUAUCUUGAAAUCCAGCACAUUCAAAGACUUCAGUAGCAUAACGUGUUUGGAUUAUUCACAGUCUGAAGUAGGCCUUGUGGGGGUCGCCGAGAAAAACGGAUACCUAAGACUUUUCAAUGUAUUUGAAGUGGUGACAGACGGCAUGGUGGGUGGUACGAGCAGCAACGCGUUCGAUAUAAAGGUGCGUGCAAAGCAGCAAAGGCCGAUCAAUAGCGUUGGAAUUAAUAACAAUGGGUUGGUCGCCAUGGGACUAGACCGAAGCCGAAGUGAUCCAUCACUACAGAUAUGGGACGUUAACUACCAGAAUACGAGCAGCAAUAUUGUGAACCCGGCGUUCUCGUACUGUCAGAAUGAAAGCACGGUAUCUUUGAAAUUUCUAAAUGAAACCAAUAUUAUAGCAGCUAGCACGAACCUAAUAAAAGAGGUUGAUCUACGGGCUUCGACACCAGUGUACCAGCAUCCCUCCCGGCUUUCGUAUGACAUAAAAAUCAAUCCAUACAACAGUUGGCAGUUUUCCUCCUACGGUGACGAUGGGACUUUGGCAAUAUGGGAUAGGAGGAAGCUUGUAUCAAACACAAGCUCCUCUGACUAUUUGGAAGCCAAGCCCUUAUUGCAGUUCGAAAAGCUAGUGGGGCAUGGCGCUGCCUCCAGGAAGUAUAUGAAUUCCUGUUUCCGCUGGUCAGCGGUCCGAGGAUUGGAAUUCUGCACGUUACACAACGGUGAAGUCAUACGGAGAUGGAGAUUGGGAAGUAUACCGUUAUCCUCUAACGCGAGUAGCUCGGAAUCUGGAGAUACGACACCUGGACCACAGAUGGAGGAACUCUUUGUGUCUACAGUUAAUGAUAUUCCCACAACCUACGACCGCGUUGUGACUUUUGACUAUAUACCUAAGAGUAACAACGACUCGAACUUUAUCUGCAUGCGUCAAUCAGGGACUAUUUACCGUAUGAGCACGCCAGGGGGUGUAUGCAAAGUCGCAUUUGACAACAUGAACAGUUUCAUGGCGACUGAUAACAACAAAGGUGAAACCAAAGAGCUUCGCAUUUCGUGUAGAACCCAGCAGUCUCUAUCCAAAAACUUGAGGGCGGGAAUGAAAAAUCUAACGUUCGAAGAUUUAGAUCUGAGCGAGAACACGAAUAACCCUGAUUCAGAUUCCGAAGAAUCGAACUCCUUGGAUAAGGAGUUUAACAAUUCAGAUUUUGAAACAGACGAUGAGAGCGAAGAAAAUGACGAUGCAGCAUCCGCUUGUGAGCAUCGGUACCUUGUCAAGCCAGAAAAAUUACUUCAGAAUGAUAUUAGCACAAUUAUGAGAAAACGAGCAGCGUUAGGCUACGGUCUAGAUCCGAUGACCACUGUGGAACUGAUAGACCAAUCAAAGUCAUUGCAAAACAACGCUUACAUUAGAAACACUUGGCGCUGGAUAGCUAUAGCGAAAUCUUCCGUGGACGACGGCACGAUGGUUUCUGGUGAAUUGGACCUGGGCUAUGAGGGUAUUUAUGGUAUUUGGAACGGGUUAGAUGGUCUGUCAAACCAAGCUAGAUACAAAGAAGGUAGUGCGUUCACAGAAAAACAACUUAACCGUGAACUUGAGAAGAUCAUCCUGAUGAGGGGAAAGACGAGACUACGCCUGGAAACGGCACGACAUAUCGGGUCCCUGGUAAACACGUCGAAACCGAUCCAGCGCAAACUCUGUAUGAUUAUUUCCGGUUGGGAUCUCACCCCUACCGAAAUUGAGGAAAAAUACAUGAACCUCAUAUCGCUAAAUAACUACGAGAAAGCAGCGGGCUGGGCUGUGUUUUUCGGCGACGUUCAGCGAGCCAUUGAGAUACUCAGCUCCGCUAAGAAGGAGCGCCUGCGGCUGAUCGCUACGGCCAUCGCUGGGUACCUGGCAUAUAAGGACCAGCCUGGCAACAACGCCUGGAGGCAGCAGUGCAGGCGCCUGUCCUCGGAGCUGGACGACCCCUACCUGAGGAUUAUUUUCUCGUUCAUCGCGGACAAUGACUGGUGGGACAUCCUUUAUGAAAGCGCUAUAUCCCUCCGGGAAAGGCUGGGCGUCGCGCUGCGCUUCCUCAAUGACGGAGACUUGACCCGCUUCCUGCACCGCACAGUCACCAACGUGAUCGAAAACGGCGAGCUGGAGGGCCUCAUCCUCACCGGAAUCACCCCCAACGGCAUCAACCUCCUCCAGUCCUACGUUAGCAAGACAAGCGACGUGCAGACUGCCGCCCUGUUGUCCAUAUUCGGCUGCCCCCGUUAUUUCUGUGACACCCGUGUCGACGAGUGGAUCUACAUCUACCACAACAUGCUCAACUCCUGGAAUCUGUUCACCAUGCGCGCCAAGUUCGACGGCCUGCGCACCAAGCUGUCACGCAACAGCCAGGGCAUCGUCAAGUGCACCGUGCGGCCCCGCCAGAUGUACAUCCAAUGCCUCAAGUGCAACAAGAACAUCAACAAGCCCGCGGACGCAAACCCGCUGCUCCCGCGCCAGGGCAGCGGCAUCAAGGGCAUCCCCGCCAAAAAGUACGCCUGGAACAGCAGCAACCCGAACACCCACGGCGCGCCGUCCCAGAAGUACCUCUGUCCGCACUGCGGCUCGCCGUAUCCCCGCUGCGCGAUCUGCCUGCUCCCCCUCGGCUCGGGCUCGCUGCCCAUCGUCAUCAGCGGCUCUGCAGACCAUGCCGUCACCCGCCAUAUUCCAGAGGGCCAAGACCCCGCGCUCUACGAGAGCCGCCGCCUCAAGCUCAACGAGUGGUUCAGCUUCUGCCUCAGCUGCAACCACGGCAUGCAUGCUGGCCAUGCCGAAGAUUGGUUUGAGAAGCACUUCAUCUGCCCCGUCCCGGGCUGCACAUGCAACUGCAACGACUAG